AUGUCUAUCCAAGGAAUUAUCCUCUCAAAAUUCUGGUUCGGCUUCGAUCUAGAUGACACGCUCCACGAAUUCCGACGGGCCUCUGCCAAUGCCUCGGUCCGCGUCUUCGAAACGAUUCACGCCUCAAACAACAAGACCAGCGUUGAUACUCUCAAGAAUACAUACCAAGAUAUCCUGCGCAGUACAACCGCAAACGCCUUCACAGAUGGGAGGACUUCAAGCGAGUAUCGGCGCGAACGGUUCGGGCGUCUUCUCCAGGCGCACGGGCUCAUUGAUGACUCCCUGCUGAGUCGUCUGUUAGAGGUAUAUCGAGACUCUCUACGCGAGAACUUGACUCUCAAGCUGGGUGCAUUGCAUCUUUUGCAAACUUUGCGAGGACUGGGAAAGAAAAUCAUUGUCAUUACUGAGGGUCCGGCGGAUGCGCAGGAGUGGACAGUCCAGGAACUCGGGAUACGGUCUUCAUUGAUGUGCUUGUGA